AUGCGCAAGACGAAACCCAUUGUUCCUCCUCUGUCCAAAAAUGCACUUCGAGUUUUAAAUGUAAUAAUGACAAUAGGUUUUAUAAGCGCAGUUCCGCAAAUAUUGACCACAGUUAUGACUACAUGGAGGGAAGCAGAACCAAUUGAAUACAAGUACAUGUUUCGUGGUAGUGAGCAUUCAUUAUAUGUUGACUAUACAUACUAUGGAUUGUAUAAAGUAAUAUAUGAUGACAAACACGUAGAGACAUGGUCACAGAGAGUACAAAAUAUGCGGAGUAAAGGAAGUGAAGGGAUUCAAGUAGGAAAACAUGCUGAAUCUGCUGGUAGUUUAUCCCUAUGGACAUCUGCAUGUCAAGAAGCUUGUAGAGAUGCAAUUAUAAAACGUAUAGAAGCAUAUGAAAGAGUUUCUUUUAUAUCAUUAAUACUUUUAUGUGGCAUAGUUAUAUCAUGUACACUUGUAAUAUUAUGUAUUGGAUGGAAUAUACUAUUUACAAAGAGUAUACUAAUAUCAAUGGGAUGCUUUAUGUUAUCAUUUAUUAUUAAUGGUGGCAUAGGGACUUAUUGGUAUUAUGAGACUGAUUUAUCUUGGAAUUUAGUUACAAAGGCUCAGCAAUAUCCUUUUCCUAGAUGUUCAUAUUGCUUCUAUAUUUUUAUCAUUACAACUGGCAUAUAUGCUCUUUGUUUUGUUUGCUUAUUACUAUUAGAUUUAUCUAACAAAAGUACUCAAAAAAAAUCGCAUAUUGACCAAAUGAAUAUGCAUAAUAGAAAUCCUAUGAACGCUAAAGCAAUGUAUCAACCUCUUUUUAAUGAUACAAAUAAUAUGAUGAUGCCUAGAAGUUCCAGUUAUACAAAUUUAAUGCCAUUUAGUAAAGGUAUGGAUAAUACUUUUUCUAAUUUUAUGCAAUACAAUAAAAUGGGUAUGAAUCCUAUGAUGGGUCAAGGAUUCCUGGGCUUCGGGAAUAUGCCCCCAAAUAUGGGUUCUAAUAUGCCUCUAAAUAUGGGUUCUAAUAUGCAUCCAAGUAUGCAACAAAAUUUAAAUCCAAAUUUUUUCCCUCAAAUGUCAAGACAAUAUUCUUUUUCUGGUGCGACACCCUCUUAUCAACCAGACAUGCAAAGCUUUGGUAACUUCCCUAGUACAAAUAUGCAAGAUAUGUCUAGUAUGUACUUCCCUCAACAAUUCCCCGGGAAAAGCUUCGAUGGCAUGAACAACCCAUUCGGAUCGCAAACACAGUACAAGUUUUAA